CUCUCUCCCGGCCCGGCCCGGCCCCACGAGCCGCCUGCGCGGAGCCCCGGGCCCGGGGCGCGGGCGGCGCACGCAGCAGCGCAGGGCGGCGCGAGGCGGCCGCGCGGAGCCGCCACCACGGAGCCCCCGGGCGGCGGCUGGAGGCAGCGGGAGCCGGAGCCGGAGCCGGAGCCGGAGCAGCCCCCGGAGCGGUUGGCGGCGGCGGCGGGGGCGGCCCGGCGCGGGAGGAGACGGCGCGGCGGCGGCGGCCCCGGCCCGGGCACGGGCAGCGCCUCCGGCACCAUGGAGCCCGGCGAGGUGAAGGACCGCAUCCUAGAGAACAUCUCUCUCUCCGUGAAGAAGUUGCAGAGUUAUUUUGCUGCCUGUGAAGACGAGACCCCGGCCAUCCGAAACCACGAUAAGGUCCUGCAGCGUCUCUGUGAGCAUUUGGAUCAUGCUCUGCUCUAUGGGCUGCAGGAUCUCUCCUCCGGCUACUGGGUCCUGGUCGUGCACUUCACCCGAAAGGAAGCCAUCCGGCAGAUCGAGGUGUUGCAACAUGUGACCACCAACCUGGGGCGCAGCCGGGCCUGGCUCUACCUGGCCCUCAAUGAAAACUCGUUGGAGAGCUACCUCCGGCUGUUCCAGGAGAACCUCAGCCUACUGCACAAAUACUAUGUCAAGAAUGCUCUGGUCUGCAGCCACGACCAUCUGACACUCUUCCUCACCCUGGUCUCUGGGCUGGAGUUCAUCCGCUUUGACUUGGAUCUGGAUGCUCCGUAUUUAGAUUUGGCUCCCUACAUGCCAGAUUACUACAAACCUCAGUAUCUGCUGGACUUUGAAGACCGCCUGCCUAGUUCAGUCCACGGCUCAGACAGCCUGUCCCUCAACUCCUUCAACUCGGUCACCUCUACUAACCUGGAAUGGGACGACAGCGCCAUCGCACCAUCUAGCGAGGUUUUGUUCCUCGUUUCUGUAGAUUAUGAUUUUGGAGAUGUGUUCCCAGCAGUGCCGUCUGUACCCAGCACAGACUGGGAAGAUGGAGACCUCACGGACACCGUCAGCUGUCCCCGCUCGACCGCCUCGGACCUGACCAGUGGCAAGGCCUCCAUGAAGAGCCCCACACCACGCUACAACCCCUUCAAUGAGGACCGGGUGGAGGUUGUGUCCUCCUCCGACACCACGCCUGUGCACACCAGCUCUCAGGAGAAGGGGGAGGCCAGGGCCCUGGACCUGCAGGAGGCUAGCACAGAACUGGAGGUGAUCAGGGUCACCAAGAAGAAGAAAACGGGCAAGAAGAAGAAGGCCAGAUCCGAAGAUGAGUCCAGCCCCCUGCACCCCACCUCGGCCCAUCCCAAAGGUGCCAAGCAAGGGAGUGGCGACAGCUGCAUUAAUGGCCCCGAGCCUGGAGUGGACUCUCUGAGCACUGGCCCAACAUCCCCCCAGGAGGGGGGCGAGGGCCCGGGCAGCGCGGCCGAGAGCAGUGACCGCUCGGAGCUGAGCCAGAUGGGCCUGCGCAUCCCCGAGAUGAAGGAUACAUCCAUGGAGAGCGUGGGCCAGCCCCUGAGCAAGGUCAUCGACCAGCUCAAUGGGCAGCUGGACCCCAGUGGCUGGCCCUCCCAAGGUGAACUGACGGACCAGUCCUUUCGGACGGGCUCUCCCGGGGACACCCCGGAAAGGCCGCCAUUUUGCAACUUUAGCGAAGGGAUUCCGGCCCCAAUGGACUUCUACCGCUUUACCGUUGAGAGUCCAAACGCUGUUACAUCAAGUAGUAGCAACCAUGACCUUACAGGGUCUGGCCAACCGUUACAUGUUCCUAGUAGCUCUGAGGCUGCUAGCCAAGAAGAAGGAGGAGGAGGAGAAGGAAGAAGAGAAGAAGACGAGCAAGCAUUUGCGCCUGUAGGAGGCCCCCAGAAAGAACCUUUGGACGUGCCCUCGGAACCUGUGCCAGCCGGAGAGUGCCCUGUGCCCGAGCUGGAGCCUAGAACCCAGGAGACCAUCAAGAGAGACCAGCCCAGCCCGGGUGUGAGUAGCGCCGAGGACUCUGGAGUGGACGAGGGCCAGGGCAGCCCUUUGGAAAUGAGCCACCCGUCUGAAUUCAGGGUAGACAACAAUCACUUACUCCUCUUGAUGAUCCAUGUCUUUCGGGAGAAUGAAGAGCAGCUCUUCAGGAUGAUUCGCAUGAGCACUGGGCACAUGGAAGGAAACCUCCAGCUCUUGUACGUGCUGUUGACCGACUGUUAUGUCUACCUGCUCCGAAAAGGAGCCACAGAGAAGCCAUACCUGGUAGAAGAGGCGGUCUCCUACAAUGAAUUGGACUACAUCUCGGUCGGCCUGGAUCAGCAGACGGUGAGGUUGGUUUGCACCAACCGAAGGAAGCAGUUUCUUCUGGACACAGCUGAUGUGACCCUGGCUGAGUUUUUCUUGGUCUCUCUCAAGUCGGCGAUGAUCAAGGGCUGCCGGGAACCCCCCUACCCCAGCAUCCUGACCGACGCCACCAUGGAGAAGCUGGCCCUGGCCAAGUUUGUAGCCCAGGAAUCAAGGUGUGAGGCAUCUGAAGUCACCGUGCGGUUCUAUGGGCUGGUGCACUGGGAGGACCCUCUGGAUGAGACCCCGGGGCCCAUCCCCUGCCACUAUUCCUCCCUGGAGAAUGCUGUCACCAAAGAAGGGAUGCUGCACUAUAAAGCUGGCACCUCCUACCUGGGCAAGGAGCACUGGAAGACAUGCUUCGUGGUGCUCAGCAACGGGAUCCUCUACCAGUACCCAGACCGAACUGACGUCAUCCCUCUGCUCUCAGUGAACAUGGGGGGGGAGCAAUGCGGCGGCUGCCGGAGGUCCAACACCACAGAUCGGCCCCACGCCUUCCAGGUGAUCCUCACUGACCGGCCGUCCCUGGAGCUGAGCGCCGACAAUGAGACAGAGAUGGCCGACUGGAUGCAGCACCUCUGCCAGGCUGUUUCUAAAGGGGUCAUCCCCCAGGGCGUCACCCCCAGCCCCUGCCUCCCCUGCUGCCUGGUGAUCACUGAUGACCGGCUCUUCACGUGCCAUGAGGACUGCCAGACCAGCUUUUUCCGCUCACUGGGCAUGGUGGAGCUGGCCGCCGUCACCGCCGUCUCCACCGAGCCGGGCAAGGAAUACUGCGUCCUGGAGUUCUCACAGGACCGGCAGCAGUUCCUCCCACCCUGGGUCAUCUACCUGAGUUGUACCACAGAACUGGACCGAUUCCUGUCUGCACUGAGCGCUGGCUGGAGGGCCAUCUACCAGGUAGAACUCCCGCACAAGGCCAUCCAGGAAACUUCCAACAAGAAGUUCGAGGACGCCCUGAGCCUCAUCCACAGUGCCUGGCAGAGGAGCGACAGCCUGUGUCGAGGCCGAGCCUCUCGGGACCCCUGGUGCUGAGGCCACAACUGGACUGUGCCCCUGACUCUGAGUCCUCCCCAAGGGGAGCAGCGAGGGAGUGGGAGAGGCCCCAGGCCGGAGCACACCCAUCAUCAGCUGCCCCCAGAGGGGCUCCCUGCCGGCAGUCUGGAGCCACCGCGGCCCGAGGAGACGGGGUGCUUCCUGCGCUUCCUGCAGCUGUGUUCUGGGUGCCUGUCUUUGGGCCCUGUGAGUGAGCCCUGUGGGCUCUGCAGCUGCCCGGCCCGGACUGGGGGAUGCCCUGGUGGCUUAGGCUGCGCAAUCUCUCCUGGGUGACGCUGCGACGAUGAUGACAGUAAUAAUAAUAGUAAUACCCAGUUAUCCUAUAAAAGGUUAACGCCGGUCCGGCUGGAGGUCCUUUCUCUGCUUUGUGGGCUUCAGGCAGCAGCCGGGGGUUGGGGCAGCGGGUGCCCCUCAGGAGCUCCCCCUCUCUGCAGCACCUGAGCACUUCAACUGUAAAUGCCGUGGGUCUGGGACACCAGGGGGCGCUGGCAUGCAUGUCUUCUUCAUCUCUUUCAGCUUCAUCCCAAAGUGCACGGCUUCAUGCCUGCGCCCCGUGCAGAGGGAGGGUGGGUGCCUUCCCUCGAUGCCACACGACUCCCCCCUCCCCGCAGUGACCAUCCUGCUCAGGGCCAGAGGAGAUAACCAUAGACCCGGGAGGGGAAGGAAGGCUGGAGGAUUGGGGGGCAAGAGGAAGGGGGUGCAUCCAUCCACACCUCCAUCCCUGAUCUUGUCUCCAUUAGGAAGGGGUUAUGAGGCAACGUGGGGCAUAGGGGGGCGGGGUCUGGAGAGGGCCCUGGGGAAGAAGGGGCCACCAUUCUCUCCAGCCACUCCCCCCUCAUCCACAGAAACUUACAGGAAUAGCCACAGCUCCCCCUUCUCUGGGGGGGGGGAUGGGAAAGGGUUUGGGUAUUUUUUUUAAAAUAAAAAGACAUUAUAUUA